AGCUCGCUCUUUUUAUUGCCCCUACUAGGGUUUAGUUCAUCUCUUCCAUCUUCUUCCUUUGGGGCUUCGACACGGCUGCCUCCGCACUCCCUCUGUCCAGGUGUGUAUCGGAAGAGUUGAAGAAGCAAUGGAUUCUGCUGUUAUUACUUCUACCAUCCAGAAUGACGACAAGAUUCAUAGCGCUGUGAUGCUUUUCAACCGGUGGUCCUAUGACGACGUUCAAGUCAGUGACAUAUCCGUGCAGGAUUACAUUACUGCAACAGCAUCAAACCAUCCAACCUAUAUGCCUCACACUGCUGGCAGGUACCAAGCCAAGCGGUUUAGGAAGUCCCAGUGCCCCAUUGUGGAGAGGCUGACCAAUUCCCUUAUGAUGCAUGGGCGGAACAAUGGCAAAAAGUUGAUGGCUGUUCGCAUUGUUAAGCAUGCUAUGGAGAUCAUCCAUUUGUUGACUGAUCUGAAUCCCAUCCAAGUCAUCGUUGAUGCUGUUAUCAACAGUGGACCUAGGGAAGAUGCAACACGAAUCGGUUCUGCUGGUGUUGUGAGGCGUCAGGCUGUUGAUAUUUCUCCCCUUCGACGUGUUAACCAGGCAAUAUAUCUCCUUACAACUGGUGCCCGUGAGAGUGCUUUCAGGAACAUAAAGACCAUUGCUGAGUGCCUUGCUGAUGAGCUCAUUAAUGCUGCCAAGGGUUCUUCCAACAGCUACGCAAUUAAGAAGAAAGAUGAGAUAGAGAGGGUUGCAAAGGCCAACCGUUGAGAGUGGAUCUUUUAGUGGAUGGAGUGGAGCAGCUUCAUAUUAGGACAAUUCUACACGAUCUGAUCUCUCUUUUUUCUUCUCGUAGCUAUAGGAACUUCUCAACAAAGCAGUUAUGGUGGCGAUCUAUUUGCGGUUUUAUAAGAAUUAAUGUUUCCCCCUAUUCUAUGUUUUUCCCUAUGGAAUUAUUUUGGAUUCGCCAGAGAUAUUGAAUGGAUGAUUUCAUUGUCUUCUACUCCUUUAAAAUGGAAUAUUUAGGCUGAUCAGUUGCUUGUUGGUCGUUACAUGUUCAUAACACUGACUCUGAAUUGUCC